AUGGUGCGAUUUCGCUUGCAAGACGCCCUUCCGCUGCUUGCUGCCUCGUCCGCGGUCGCUCUCGACCCCGACUUCUCUUUUUACCCAAAGAACGCGCAAUCAUGCCUCAAGAGCGCGGCCAGCAAGUCGAAAUGCUCCGGCUCGACGGCCAAAGAGCUCAAUACUUGCUUUUGCGGUAACAAGGGCAAUUUCAUCACCAACACGGCCAAAUGCCUGGGCAAAGAGGACAUGGCCGACGUACAGAGCGUGUACGCGACAAUAUUACAGGCGUGUACUGGGUCGAACACGCCCAUGAGCGUGAGCCAGAGCGAUUUCAUCAAAGCCGCCAACGGACAGGACUCGCCGACGACGACCAUUACGACAAUGCCGACCAGUACGAUAUUGCCGACCAAGACCAGCUCGACGAGUACGCCUGCAGGCGGGGCCCAGACGGUGACGGUAACUCCUACAACAACGGGCAGCGGCGGCGGCGGGCGCCUGUCAACCGGCGCGACUAUUGGCAUCGCCGUUGGUACUACGCUGGUGGGCGUGGCGGUGUUGGGCGGCCUUGGGUUUCUGUUGUUUCGACGGCACAAACGGGGCAACGUCGAGGAGUCACGGCCGAUGCUCGUGCACCCCGAGUACUACCACCACAUGACGGGGACGACGACGACGACGACGACGUUUCCGGCCAAGGAUCCGUCCAUCGACCUUGGCCGGUUCAGCGGCGCCACUGAUUCCAAGUCCGGGGCAUGGUCGCCAUCGUCAGGCCCAGGGUCCGCGGCGCACGCGAGCCCCGGGCCGUAUCCCAGCGCCUUCACACCGUCGCCGCCACCGGCAGACGGCAUCGCGCUCGCGGAGCUCCCGGCUGUGAGAGAUACUUCCGAGGUGUUUGAGAUGGCCGCAACGAGUGCUCGCAAGGCAAGCGAUGCGCCGAGCGCUUCCGUGAGCCGAGGUUUCCAGGUGUCCGGCGCGCCUGCCACGGUGCCACCGGUGACCGGACAUUUUGGCAAGCGCAACCCCGAUUGCAACGCUCCUGCUUAA